AUGAGUGGAGAAUUUCAAGGGUGUGCUGCCAAAGUUAUGGAAAAAUAUCCUCAGGCAUUGUAUGUACAUUGUGCUAGUCACUCAUUAAAUUUAGUUGUGAGUGACGCAUGCAACAUUCCUAUUAUCAGGAACAGUCUUGGAUCGAUAAAAGAGACCAUAAACUUUUUCCGUAUAUCGGCACAACGACAAAGCAUUUUAAAGGAUGUAAUCCACCAAUUAGAGUGUGAAACAAAAAAGCGACGACUAAUGAAGCUUUGUGAAACCAGAUGGAUUGAACGGCUUGACGCUGUAAUUACAUUCAAGGAACUUUUUGUGCCAAUCUUUUUUGCAUUAGAGAAAAUACAAAUGGAUGGUAACAGAGAAGCAUCAAAAAAAGCGUUCACAUUACAACAAGCUCUCAAAAAUGGAAAUUUUAUUCUUGCAAUGGUCGUGAUCCAAGAAAUUUUUUCAAUGGCUCACCCACUAUCAAUCUAUCUACAAAAAGUAAAUGUUGACUUAGCCUCUGCAAUGGAGACUGCUAAUAAUUUAAGUACACUAAUAAAGGAAAUGCGUAGCAAUGUAGAGUCGAAAUUUCAUGAUUUAUUUAGCACAGCUGAACACCUUGCUAAGGAAAUCGGAGAAGAUAUAAAAAUUCCAAGGGUUACACAUUUUCAACAACAUAGAGCAAAUUAUGAGUUAACUUCAGCAGAAAAUUAUUAUCGGGUAUCUGUAUUCAUCCCGUUUAUUGACCAUUUCAUUUCGCAGUUAGGAAUUAGAUUUACCAAACACAAAAAUACACUCUCAAUUAUUCAGAACUUUAUACCAAACAAAUUAAUAAAAUUAUCCGAAAAUGAAAUUGAGACAAGUACGGAAGUGUUGUCAAAACAGUGGCCAGUCGUAAUAAGCUCAUGUGACAAUAUUGUGAACAAAGAAGUUCUAUUGUGGAAACAAAGAUGGUUAGCCGCUGCAGAAGAUAAACUCCCUUGUACUUUUAUCGAUGCCAUAAAUUGUUGUGAUGAGUUACUGUUUCCUAAAGUAUACCAAUAUUUAAAAAUUGGCGCUACGUUGCCCGUCACAGUUGCUAGCGUAGAACGGAGCUUUUCAACGUUAAAACGUUUGAAAUCAUACUUGAGGAAUUCCACGGGGGAAAAUCGUCUAAAUGGAUUGGCUCAUCUAAGUAUUCACAGAGAAAUACCAAUAAAAAGUAGUGAAGUGGUCGAUAUUUUUUCAGAAAAAAAUAGAAAAUUAAUGUUCUAA